GACGUGUGUGUGCCUUCCAUUAAUAUUUGGCGCGUUUUGUUGCUUGUGUGGCUCAGUGAAUUUCUGUCUUCUAAAAAAUUUCAGACUCAAUUAAUAAAAUGAAUGAUUCAUUUGGUGAUUUCAAUGGCACACAAACGGCCACAGCGGGUGCCACAAAAGAGUCUUCCGGCGAGGGAAUCAUUUCUUUGCUGGUGAAGCAAAUACUCGAUUCGCCCGAGGGCAACUUCAAGAUGUUCGAUGUUACCUACGCCUUGGUCUGUGUUGUGGGCAUUGUGAGGAAUGUGGAGACAUCUUCGACGAAGAUUACCUACACCUUGGAGGACCACAGUGGACGCAUCGAUGCACACUACUGGUUAGAAGAAGGCGAUGCGAUCAAAGCACCCGAUGUCAUGAUCAAUAACUAUGUAAAGAUCUAUGGCUCAGUACGUCCGCAGGCGGGUCAAAAGGUUUUGAUGGUCUUUAAGCUGAUCAACGUGCUGGAUCCCAAUGAAGUGUGCACUCACGUACUGGAGGCUUUGCACUCCCGCUACAAGGCCGAGGAAUAUCAUGUUAAGGGCAAUUCAUCUCAUGCUCCAAGCAAUUCGACCAUGAGCAAUGUGUCGGCUAGCCAGAGCAAUGCUAUUGUCGCUGGCCUGGACAGCAAGCAGCUGGCUGUCUUCCAGGCCAUCAAGAGCAACUGCUCCGAGGAAGGCAUCAAUCGACGUGAACUCAAAGCCAAGUUCUCGCAUAUAAGUCAAACUGAACUGAACAACAUUUUGGACUUUAUGAUUUCCGAGGGACAUAUUUACUCCAGCAUCGAUCCAGAUCAUUUUAUAUGCACGAUGUAGACAUCCAGCUUGAGCAUUCAGUAACAGUAUAUAAACUUGUACAACAAUCGAAAAAGCAACAAGUUAUUAUAAAAUUUAGUUUUGUAAGCCUAUUAAUUCCUCUACUUUUUCAAAUUUGUAAAAUAUUUAGAAUCUAAUUUUGAAAUAUAAUAUAUGAUCAUACCCUGUAUAA